UCUGUAGUGGCCCUGCCAUAUUUCCUUGCUAUUCUUACCUCAGGUUUCAAGGAAAAAGAUUUUGCUGGGGACUUGCCUAAGAAACUUUUUGUUCACUUGACAUAGCUCUUCGCAUCUAUGGCUUCUAUAUCGGCCUCCUUCUGUUCCAGACAUUCUUUAAUGCUUGAUGCUAAAUUGAAGUCCAUAUCCCUCCCGAUAUAGUAUGUUUGAUAAGGCGUUGGUUUGGUCGGUCGAGGUCGCUCUUCGCGAAAAAUAAAGUAGGGUACGGACAUUUAGCGUAGAUAAGGAGUCCGGCGAUCGGCAGUGAGGUGAGGCGAACGACGAAGAGCUAGUGAGUGGAUAAGACAAAGCGUAGCGCAGGCUGGUCAGCGCAUCUGUCAUUGGCUAAAUGGCUCAGUAAAGUAGCUACUGGAUUGGUAGCUUCGUUUUUGCUGAUUCGUGGGACCCAAGAGAAACAGAACAGGGACUCGACGGGCAGAAAGUAAGCAGGCGGAGCCAGUUGGAGAAAUAGCUAUGAGCAAGUCAAAUGGGCACAUGAGCUCAGUUUAGUUCAUAAGUAACAACCAGCACUCACGUAGCUUAGAAGAGGUGCUGGUUCUCUUCCUCCUAAUUCGAGGUGAGCUUCAGCUCAAUUUUUAAAGCGUAGAACAAGCCUUUCUGAUCCCAAACCCGGCCCCAAGGGGGCCAUUUCCCUAACCAAGAUCUGGCCAUAGUUUUCAAGGCUUUUCCCUUUGUCUGCUCAAAAGCGAAGCAUUGAGAGAUAUGAUGAGUUCAUCAGAAGUAAAUACAGAUGAAUUAUUUGAAUAUGCCAUGAAUGGGCAGUGGAGUAAAAUAGUUGAAGCCUAUCAGAAUAAUCCCAGAAAUCAAACAACCAAGAUCACAGAUUCAGAGGACACAGCUCUGCACAUAGCUGUUGAAACUGGUCAAACGGAAAUUGUAUCCCAACUUGUGGAAACAAUAAGAGAAAAUGCAUCAACCGUCCUGGGUUUAAAGAAUAAGAGAGGCAACACCGCUCUCCACAUAGCAGCGGAGAUUGGGAACGUAAAAGUGUGUGAUUGCAUGGCUUCCAAGUCCGCGCAGCUUAUUAGUGAUCGGAAUGAGGAGGGUAGGACUCCUCUCUUCUUGGCAGUCUCUCGUGGAAAGAUGGAAGCCUUCAUUUGUCUACAGGAAUUUAGCAAGGGAAUUGUGGGUUUUAAUACAGCAUUCAGAAUUAGAGACAACGAUGGUAAUACCAUCCUUCACUCUGCCAUCAUUGGAGAAAACUUUGACUUGGCGUUGAAGAUAAUGAAAGAUUACCCAGAACUAAUGGACUAUAGAAAUCGGAGUGGUGAGGUUCCUCUCAAUAUUCUGGCAAGUAAGCCACAUGCAUUCAAAAGCAGCAGUCGCCUUGGGCUAUUUGAUACUGCCAUCUACAAUUGUAUUAUUGUUGGUAAGCCCAAGGAGGCGGCAGAAAAAGACAGUCGAGCUUCAGGAAUCGAAACUUAUUGCCGUUGCCCACCUAAUUAUGGAACUUGCAUGAGCUUCAUUGGAAUGAUGGAGUGGUUCCUUCAUAUAUCAUUGGUACUGUUGAAAAAAUUAUUUGGAGGUCCCCUUCUAGCCAACAGCCAAAGCAGAAAUUGCAACGUAAGUGAUCUGGAGAAUCCCAGCCAGAGAAGGGGUUUAGGGGCAGGCACAGCGGGAUCAUCAUCAUCCACAGUAAAAUGCAAAUCAAACGCAGAUAUAGAAAUAGAAGAAUCAACCGCAACAAAUAGAUCAAUUGCAAACAGUGGAACUGGCCUAACAGAAAAGGCAGGGCAAGAGGAUGUUUUCCCUCCUAAUUAUGUAACACCAGUUGUUCUUUUCAAGCUCGUGAUGACCGCCAUUAUGGUGAUUCUGGGACUGGGGUUUUCGAGGAUAAGGAAGAUUAAAGAGAAGAAAGAGAUACACAAAAGGGCUACUCAGGUCAUGAACCAACUGGUUCAGCAUGCUUCUAAUUACAAAUACAAAGACAAUGGCAAGGAGCCUGCUAGAACUGGGUCAGGCGAAAAUGGAAUUUCCCAGCCACCUGAGACUUGUGAUAGAGAGGUGAAGAAGGAAACAACUAUACCAGAGGUGAAGAAGGAAACAGCUAUACUAACUGCAGCUAGGAUGGGGAUAAGAGAGAUGGUGGAGAAAAUCCUGGACACAUUUCCUGUGGCUAUAAUGGAUGUCGACGCUGACAAUAAAAAUGUUGUGCUCUUGGCAGUAGAGCACAGGCAGACCCAAGUUUAUACCAUGUUGAUGAAGAAGGCAGUACCAAAGGAUAUCAUCUUCUGCCAAGUGGAUAAAGAUGGAAACAGUGCAUUGCACCUUGCUGCAAAAUUUGGAGAUUACAAGCCUUGGCUCAUUCCAGGAGCUGCCUUACAAAUGCAAUGGGAAUACAAGUGGUACAAGUUUGUUAAGAAAUCAAAGCCACGAAAUUUUUUUGCUCGAUAUGAUAAGAAAGGUCUAACUGCAAAGCAAAUAUUCAUGGAAACACACAAGGAGCUCGCUAAAAAUGGCAGAGAAUGGUUAACCAAAACCUCAGAGGCCUGUUCUGUCGUUGCAGCACUUAUAGCAACGGUUGCAUUUGCAACAUCAACAACUAUACCAGGUAGUUUCAAUGAAAAUAACGGUGAACCAAAUUUUGCAGAUGAAGCUCCAUUCACCGUCUUCGCUAUCUCAUCAGUUGUUGCUCUCUGCUGUUCGGUGACAGCCCUUGUGUUCUUUCUUUCAAUUCUCACCUCUCGAUUUGAAGAAAAGGAUUUCGCCAGUGAGUUGCCAAACAAGCUCCUUCUUGGAUUAACUUCGCUCUUCUCAUCCAUAGCUUUCAUGCUGGUGUCAUUCAGUGCAGGCCAUUUCUUUGUUCUCCAAGAAAAAUUGAGAUAUGCUACAUAUCCAAUAUAUGGUGUAACAUGCUUGCCAGUGACCCUUUUCGCUCUGGGACACCUCUCCCUCUAUUCCGAUCUUACAAAAGCUAUAUUCAAAAGGGUGCCUCAACGAAGCUUCAAGGUGUUUGCUCCUUAGGUUUCUGCAAACUUAGUUUUGUUGAGUGUUUGCUCAUUACGUCAAUGUCUGUGUUCUGUUUUGUCUAGUCUGUUAUCAAUUUGAAAUUCAGAGAUGUUCGACAUUGCUGCUAAUGGGAAUGUUUGGAAAAUUUGUUGCCAUUUUGUCAAGAGUAAGGAGCCUAUUUUCUUUGUGUUUUUUCUAUUUUAAUUUCGAUGAAGUUUCUUUUC